CCUUUCCAAACCAAAAACUCCACCCAAACAAAGAAAAGAAAGCAAAAGAGAAAUAAUCUCAAAGUAAAAUGCCUUCAACUCCAAAAUCCUCUAUCCAACUCCAUAGAAUCAGCAACCUGAACAUGACAUGCCAAAAGCAACCACCCCUCCCUCGGCGCAACCCUCUAACAUCCGCUACCCCCAUCCCCGAUGCUGUUGCACGCCACCACGCCCACUCGGUGGGCCCUGACCAGUGCUGCUCCGCCGUCAUCCAACCGAUCGCUGCUCCGGUAUCCACUGUCUGGUCAGUCGUCCGCCGCUUCGACGCACCACAGGCCUACAAGCACUUUGUCAAGAGCUGCGACGUCAUCGUCGGCGAUGGCAACGUCGGCACCCUCCGUGAGGUCCGCGUAAUCUCCGGCCUCCCUGCAGCUUCCAGCACUGAGAGGCUGGAGAUCCUUGAUGAAGAACGCCAUGUCCUCAGCUUCAGCGUUGUCGGUGGGGACCACCGACUCACCAACUACCGCUCAGUCACCACCCUUCAUCAGGCUCCAGGCGGCCAGGGGACGAUCGUCGUCGAAUCAUACGUUGUCGACGUGCCACAUGGCAACACUAAGGAAGAUACAUGUGUGUUUGUCGACACCAUAGUCAAGUGCAAUUUGCAAUCAUUGACACAGAUUGCUGAGAGUUCAGCUGCUAGAUCCCAUCGAUCCUUAUGAGUUUUGCAUAUCUCAGUUGAUGAUGGCCGUUCAUCGUUGCCCACAUCACAACUCCUGCUAUGGUAGCUUGAUGGCCGUUCAUUGCCAAAUCAUCCACAUUACAAGACUGCUGUGGUAGCUUUUGAGGCCGAACGGAUGUGAUCAGAGGAUUUGUUUGAACAUGGAUUACACACUCAAAUGGGCCUGCCUUUGUGGGAGCCUACGUCAUUUUUCGUUUGUCAUUGGUCAUUUUCGUCAUUUGUGACAAUUUUCUUCUUCUCUUCCUUACUUUCUCAUUAUAAAAUAAAUACAUACAGCCUGUGAAUUCCCUGUACUUUCUCUACUUUCAUGGUUUUGCACGUGUUUCUUGAAUUUGUAAUUUUGGAAUUUGACCAAAAUACCCUUGUAAAUUAUCACUUAUCUAAAUUCCUUA